AUGAUGGCCUUGUUGAAGGGAGCUUUGGAAAAUUACAAGAAUAAGACUGAAUUUGACAAUACUGCAGUUAAGAAUUUGGCCACUGGUGAGACAUUCCCCAAGUUGCCUGACCUUAUUGAACAAUUGAGCUCUGUUGCAGUUCCUCAUAUCAAAUUUGAUCCAUAUCCACCAGUACUUGUCGCUGCUAUUUUGAAGGCCAUUGCUGGUUACCUUGGUAAAUACAACUUGCCAGGUCUUAACUUGCUUGAAUUGAAGAUUCCAGGUCUAAGUUUACCAGGCUUGCCAAGAAUCAGUUUACCAGGUCCACCAUUGCCAGGAAUUCUUUCCAAACUCAAGCCUCCAAGUGAACCUUCAAGAGAAGAGUUUAUUGUUCAAGUCAACAAUCCAAAUAAGGCGUUGUCUAAGUUCUUGAGUGCUCAAUUCUGUUAUCUGAUCUAUGGUGCGCAAUCGAGUUCAUUGUAUCCUUAUUGGCCUUGGAGUCCAUGGGAAACCAGUUAUAUCUCUGUUCCUGUUUCUGUUGUGUCAAUGAUUUACAACAAAUCAGGAGGAAAAGGAAACAAGGACAAGGCUGAAAAGAAGUAA